AUGGAGGUCCUCACCGUCUGCGACGACCACCUCGAGGACCUCAGCGUCGUCAACCUCGCUACAGCUCUGGGACGAGUCGCCAAGCUCCUGCGGAAAGGAACGUACGGCGGGGCGCCGCGCGCCGUCCGUCAGAGCAUCGUGAACUCGCAGGCCCUGAAGGACGUCGUGUACGCGCUCGCGGACGACGCGGAGAACCUGGACGGCCGGUCGCUGUCGAGCACGUUGUGGGCGCUGGCCAUCAUGCGCGUGCGGCCGCUCAAGGCGGUGCAGCAGAUGAUGGAGGCGUGCGACAAGGACCUCCUCACCAGUGCCUCGGCGCGCGACCUCUCCUCGAUCAUCUGGGGCCUGGGGUCCCUGUACGCCCACCCGGGCCCCCAGCUCGACGACGUCGCCUCCGAGCUCGCCGCGCGCGCCCAGGCGGACCCGCACAGCAUCGCGCCGCAGGCCUGCUCCAUGGCACUGUGGGGCCUCGGGCGGCUGGAGCACGACCCCGGACCGGCGCUCGACGUCCUCAUCGACCACGCCGUCGAGCACGCGGCGCGGUACAAGCCCCAGGCGCUCACCAACAUCGGGCACUGCCUCGCGCUGCUCAAGCGGCCGCACGCCGCGUUCUUCGCGGCAGCGCAGCAGCAGCUGGUCGAGCGGGCGCCGGAGUUCGCCGGGCGCGACGCGUCGAACCUGCUGGCGUCGAUGCAGCGGCUGGGGCUGCGGCCGGACGGCGCGGCGGUGGCGGCGGCGCUGGGCGUCGUGGGGCCUGGGAUGUCGGCGCGGGACGUGGGCGUGACGAUGCAGGCGCUGGCGGAGGUCGGCGAGAACGUGCACUCGGAGGACCUGUACCCGAUGCUGCAGGCGCUGGAGAGCUGUUUGCGGCCGGGCGGCGCCGGGGCCAACGUGAUCGACUUGGCCAUGGUGGUGUGGUCGGUGGCGGUGAUGGGCCUGGACGACGCCAAGCUGCUGGGGAUGUGCAGGAAGCUGAUCGGGCGCAUCAUGCGCGCCGUCGAGCGCGGGACGGAGCCCUCGGAGCAGUCGCUGCGGUGUCUCGUACAGGCCCAGACGCUCUUCCGCGCCGACGGCCGGGAGGACCUGGACCUGCCGUCGCCGCUCCGGGAGCAGGCGAUCGGCGCGUGGAUGACUGCGCUGGAGCGCGACGUGCGGCCGCUGGAGCGGCAGGUGGCGGACAUUCUCGCGGAGGAGGCGCUGGCGUGCGAGACGCGCGCGUCGACGCUCGACGGGCUGCUGGUGGUCGACGUGGCGAUCCCGCGGGACGUGCUCGGGGCGGAGGAAGGGAACGUCGGCGAGCGGGGCAUCGCGAUCGAGGUGGUGCCGGAGGCUGGGGUCGACGCAGAGGGCGCGCUCGUCGGGUCCGUGCGGGCGAAGCUGCGGGUGAUGGAGUACGCGGGGUGGUCGCCAGCGACGCUGCUGGCGUCGGAUUGGGCCGCAGCGGCCGGGGACGACGCGGCGCGAGCGCAGCUGCUGGCGGAUGCGCUGGCGCCGUUCGGGGUUGAGAUCGACGUUGAGGCGUUCGCUGAGGGGGACGAGGAUGAGGAGGACGAGGGAGAGGACAGCGAGUCUGACGUGGACACGACGGACAUCGAGGUGUAG